CUGUGAUUGCUCCAAAGUUCAAUGUCGACCGGCACCAAGAGACAGGGACACACUCAGACAGACUGAACCAGUGGAGAGAGAAGAGACAGAGAAGUCCAGAGGAGAAGAGAAACACAUGAAAUCCUCUGGAAGGAGGCAGGACUGAAGGAAACCCGUACAGCCCAGAUACACACAGCUCUUGGUUCUGAGAGAGAUGGACAUCCUUGAAACAGCCGCCUAUGACCGAAGACAGCGCAGGAACACGUACUGUGUUCUGCUACUCUCUCUCUCGCCGUUCUUCCUGGCCAUCGCUGUCUACUUCUAUCUGUGGAUCCCUGACUCCUCCCCCUCCAUCCUAGCUGCGGCUAUUAAGGCCGCCCCUGUCAUCUCAUUGGCUCUCCUGGUGCUGAGCUACAAAGGGGGGAGGAGUCUCCUCGGCGUGGCGGGGGGCCUGAUCUUCUCGGCAGGCGGAGACUGUUGCCUUAUAUGGCCCGAGAUGUUUCUCCAUGGAAUGGCCUCCUUCGCUCGGCCCACCUGCUCUACCCUCACCUUCCUUCUCCACUGCGUACUUCCUCCCCCAGCCUCCUCUUCACUGUCCUGUUUCUUCUGCCUGCCUUGCUGCUGGGGAGGCUCUACGUCUCCUCUUCCCUUUCCUGCAAGACGCCGGAUGCUGCCGCCUGACUCCCAGCGCCGGGGUGUACGUGGCUCUGAUCGUCCUGAUGGCUACGGCUACUGGCUCGACCUGACACCGCUGAUCAUGCUGGCAGUUUGA